AUGGCCUCCCUUGUUGAGAAAACCGCAAGCACUGAUACUAAGAAAUCCCAAGAGGCUGGAUCUAUCUCAAGUGUCCCUGGUGUUACCCAUGCCAUCCCUUUGAGCAUAAUUGCCCCACUGCAAGAAUUGCAGAAUGCCCCUGCGGUUGGACUGAACCCUGAACCAACUCCCGCACAAGUUGAGGAGACUGAAGCCAGUGCUUCCCCCAAGAAAGCAAAGAGGAAGAGGGGAGAAAAUAGGGUUACAAUUGUGGUUUCAAGGGAAGAGACAAAGGAAGAAGCCCUGACCCCAGAGGCAAGGAAACCUACUCCUAAGAAAAGGAAAUCAAAUAAGGAUUAUGCUAAAGAAAAACCUGCACAACUGACCCCUCCAGUGAUUGAAAAUGAGGAAGUUACAAAGAAGAAGACAAAGGAGACAUCAAAGAAGAAUAUACAAAGAAGAGAGACCCUCGCAAAAAGAAGGUUGUUUGCCCCUAUUGCAGAAGAAACCCCACAACCCUAG